AUGUCCAACGACAAUACCUCUUCUCUCAAGUCGGCCGUGGACUACGCUGCCGGAACUGUCCAAAAUGCAUUCGGUAGCGCUACCGGCGAUGUGUCUCGUCAGGCCGAAGGACAAGCCAAGCAGAAAAAGGGGGAUGCCGAGUACGAUGCGUCACAGGCUACGGCGAAGCUUCCCGGCGCCACGGUUUCGUCGUCUGGCGCCAUCACCAAGGAUGACCCGAAUCGAGCCUCCGGCGCCUAUGAUCAAACCGUCGGUUCGGCCAAGGAAUUUGUCGGCGGGCUCACAGGCUCUGAGUCGUUGAAAGCAGCUGGCCGUCAGCAGAAUCGAGAAGGUCAGCAGAAAGAAGCAAAAGGGCAGGUGAACGAUUAUGUGGGCGGUAUCUCUGACCGCAUCACCGGCACCAUCGGAGGGGCGGUAGCCAGCAUUACCGGCAACCAGGCUGCCCAGGCAGAUUAUCAGAAGCAGCACGAUGCCGGUAAAACAAGUCAACGCGGUGCCGAAGCGGAUAUAGUGAAGAAGGCAGAUUCCGAGGCUGCUGCCUCGCAGGAAUCGCGGGGAUCUCACUGA